CUCGGAACGCUUCUCCGUUUUCGCUCAAGUACGGGAAGAUGUCGGUUCUAAUCGUCACUAGCUUAGGAGACAUAGUGUUGGAUUUGUACACCGAUAAAUGCCCCUUGACGAGUAAAAAUUUCUUGAAGCUUUGCAAGAUUAAGUACUAUAAUGGGUGUCUAUUUCACACGGUUCAGAAAGAUUUCACUGCUCAGACUGGUGAUCCAACUGGAAUUGGGAGUGGUGGUGAUUCUGUAUACAAAUUUCUCUAUGGUGAUCAAGCUCGCUUUUUUAGUGAUGAGAUACAUAUUGAUUUAAAACAUUCGAAGACUGGUACAGUUGCCAUGGCUAGUGCCGGAGAGAACCUGAAUGCCUCCCAGUUCUACAUCACUCUGCGUGAUAAUCUUGAUUACCUUGAUGGAAAGCACACUUGGGAGACCUAUAAAAAUAUCAGAAUCAAGCACACUUACAUCUUGGAUGAUCCUUUUGACGAUCCUCCUCAGCUAGCUGAGUUUAUUCCUGAUGCUUCACCAGAAGGGAAGCCAAAAGAUGAGAUUCUUGAUGAAGUUCGGCUUGAAGAUGAUUGGGUGCCCAUGGAUGAACAAUUAGAUCCAGCAGAGCUUGAGGAGGUUAUUAGGAGAAAGGAAGCACAUUCUAGGGCUGUUGUGCUUGAGAGUAUUGGAGAUAUUCCUGAUGCUGAGAUCAAGCCUCCUGAUAACGUGCUAUUUGUUUGCAAAUUGAACCCAGUUACUGAGGAUGAGGACUUGCAUACUAUAUUUUCACGCUUUGGGACUGUUGUGUCGGCUGAAAUCAUCCGUGAUCAGAAGACUGGUGACAGUUUAUGCUAUGCUUUCAUAGAGUUUGAGGACAAGCAGGCAUGUGAACAAGCAUAUUUUAAGAUGGAUAAUGCUUUGAUUGAUGAUCGAAGGAUACAUGUGGAUUUCAGUCAGAGUGUGGCCAAACUAUGGUCACAAUAUAGGCGCAAAGAUCAAACUGGUAAAGGUAAUGGCUGCUUCAAAUGUGGUUCUACAAACCAUAUUGCCAAAGAUUGCACUGAGGAUGGUAAGAAUAACCAAACGGCAAAAUACAUCUUGAAGGACGACAAUGCUCAACGUGGUGGUGAUGAUGCAAGGUAUGAAAUGGUUUUUGAUGGAGAUGGUGAAGAGAGUCCAACGCAAGGAAAGGGACACAGAAGGCACGACAAGGAUGAGCCAGUUGAGAGAAAAAGUAUGCAUAUGGGUCACAGGGAUCAAGAGAUGGUAGGCUCAGGCAGCAGAGAUAGAUAUGGUGAUAGAAACAAAGGAAGAUAUGAAAGAGGUGCAAGAGAUGUGGAUUCCCGUGCAGAGAGGAAAGAUGGGGAAAAGUAUAUAGAUAGACAUAGAGAUGAUGAUGGUUAUGGUCGGAAAGAUGAUCGAGACUCUAGGAGGAGAUAUGAGGAUGAUCGCCAUACAGAGAGACGGGCUGGUGGAGAUCAUAGGCGAAAAAUGGAUACUGGCCAUGUCGAGAGAAGGGAUGACAAGGACAAGGAGUACAACAGAGAUAGUGAGAAGAGAAGGAAGGGUGGUUCAGGUGAAGAUGACCAUGAAGACAGGAGGAGAAAGGAUGACAGAGAUCAUAGGGCGAAACGAAGAAGACCGAGGCAGGCAAGAUGCGAAGAACGAGUCCAGACAAAGAAAAGGGAAUGCAGAUGACGAAGAAGAUUAUAGACGUCGAAGGGAAGAACGUGGCCACAGAAGAAAAGAUGUGGAGUUUGACGCUGAUCGGCAUAGGAGACAUCGUAGUGACAGGAGAUGACCUUCUAGCCUCCUUUUAUCAUAAUCCAUGACGUUGUAUGUUUAUUUUCCUCUGCAGGUGCUCCAAGUGCUAAUGUUCAUUUUGCUUAAACGGCAAGUGAUAUAAAGAAAAUGACUACCGUAUUUUUGGGGACAAAAUACAUGGUACUUUAGGGA